GGUGUAUGACGCGAAUUAAUCGUAAAUAAUCAGCAAACGUUCUUUAAAUGUUAUUUUUAAUAAUUCGCGCAAAAAUAAAUAAAUACGAAUAUGGCUGCAUCCUCAGACGUUGCUACGAUAAGACUACAGAGAUACUUAAACAUGCCAUUGGUGCAAAGAUGCAAGGAGAUAGCUACGCUUAUAGAUGAAUCAAGCACAACAGAAUUGCAACAUGUAUUUUCAAUAUUAAUAGACUCAUUAUUUGGAAUAACUGACAAUAUUGGUUGGGGUUUACAUAGCAUCACUUUUAAGAAAAAUCCACAGGAGUAUGAAACACUUUGUAAUUUCCUUAAUCCACAGGGACCAGUUUUUUCUCUAUGUUAUAAAUUAUUGCCAGAUUGUUAUUUGAAAUACAACUUUCCAGUUUCAUUUUUGCCAGUAAAAAUAUGUUCAUUGUUAGAAGAAGGAGUAACACCACCAUUUUAUCUAGACAAAAUUAGAGAUGACCAAGGUACACGUGGUGUAUCUGCCUUAAAUAUGAAUCCCUUUGAAUAUUAUAUCUUCCACUUUGCAUUUCACCUGACAAAUCCAUGGCUGCAAGUUCAGCACCAAGAGAAUGUCUGGGUUAAUUGGGAAACUGUUUAUGUUCAAUUAGCACAUUGUUAUUUAUACCAUUUUCUACCUAGAGAUAAUUCUCCAGUUUUACCAAUAAUUGGUCCAUACAUUAGGAAAACAUCUCAACGAAAAUUAGUACAAACUCCUGAAUCUAAAAGAUUGCAAACUCCACGACUAUUGAGAACGUCGAUAUUAUCAUCAGGAUCUCCAAAUUUUACAUCGAGUGUGCCGCAACAACAAUGUUUGCCACAAGUUUGGAGGAGUGAAACUGUGGUUCAAGUAUUUCUCGAUUUUUGGGUAGAAUAUAUAGAGGAUGAUCAAUUAAAUCCACGAUUAAGUACGUCGUAUUCCGCAUCUGUUCCACGCCGACACAGCAUCCAUUCUGGAGAACAUAUUCGCCUGGUACGGGCAUUUAUAAAAACGUUGCAUGAAUUUGCAAAUAGCGCAACAGGUGAUAAAAGUGCAAUGGAUGAACUUAAGCGAAUUAUUUUGCCUUCUGUUCAAGGCAAAAUCUACACAUUCCUUCGAAAAGCCAUAUAUCAUUGGCCUCUAGAUAGUUCCUUUAGAUUAAUUCUUGAAGCAUGGUUGAGCUUUAUUCAACCAUGGAGAUAUUUUCCUGGUAUAACAUAUACCAAGGAAGGUAAAUCAGAAGAGGAAGAAAGAGGAAAAAUACACGAUGCAUAUAGAUGGAUGCCUUUCAUUGCGCAUAAUUUAUUAGCAUACACGGCAAUAUUUCAACAAUUGCUUCCACGAUUUAUGAGAACAGAUCUUGUAGCUCCAAAGAAUGCAUUAAUGCUAUUCAGAGUUACAAAAGUUUUUUCACAACCACAUUUAGCGAAAAUAAUAUGUGAAAUAGAGAGUCACAUGGACGAUGUAGGAUUAAGUAGAAGUCGGGUAUCUUCAAAUCAAUGGACUUCAACUGUACGACAACAAAUUUUAGAAUUUGAAGGACCGACGUAUCAAUACGUAUUAAUGUUUUCUAUGGCUACUGUUUCACAGGUUGUGUCUUUAUUAAGUACAAUUAAACAAGCACAUUUAACCGCGACUAGUUUAAUUGAUGUAUUGGAGAAGAAGAGAAAAAACAGACGCUUUCUGUUAGCAGUAUGGGAGUUUUUUAAUGGUGAAGAUUAUUCUUCAGAUGAUAUUAGUAUAGAGGAAAGACGCCGUGUUCCAAUAUAUUUAGCGAAUGCACAGCAACAAUUAAUCGAAAUCUUUGAGAUUAAAGUAGAAGACAUUCCUCAGGUAACUAUUGAAGCUGACCAAGAAUAUCAUGAAAGCAUUCUCUCGACAUCCUUUUGUCAUCAGUCACAGAUGGACUCUAGUUUAGAUACAAGUAAACCAGGUGUUUUUGUACCUAUUCAAAAAGAUAGGCAAACAUGUCAAUAUAUUGAAUACAUGGGAGAUCCGGAAUUACAGCCAGUUCGAAGUAACGAAUGCGCAUUCCUCGUUAGAAAUUUAUAUAAACUUUCUACAUAUAUAAAUGUGAAAUACCGAUACGAGAUAGCUAAAGUGUACCAUCGUCGUGGUUUUAUUGGCAGUAUUUGCCGACAGAUAUUACAACCACCAACAAAAGUUGUAAAGCUUCCAAAACGAACACAGAAUGGAUUUUCCAGCGGAUACGAGGAACGCAUUUCGCCUCGACUAAGUUUACGACCUUUGGCUAAUUAUAGUCUACUCAUAACUAUAAGUCUUGGAACAUUUAUUGCUUGGUUUACAAAUUAUGGAGUCUUUAUGUUCUUUGGAUUUGCUUUUGCCAUAUGGUUUGUAUAUAUCAUAAUACGAGCAAUGUUAGAGCCAUGGACAAGAUCGAAUAGAAACACAUUUAGAGCUAGUACUACAACAUUCUCUAUGAACUGA